UUAUGUGUCUGGAGGAAGCUUUUGUCAUCCCUCACAUUGUGCUUCCGGCACUUAGUUCUCGCCAUGGCGAUGACUUUGAAUCGAGGGAAUAUCGCGGGGGUUCUGCGGCUUCUCAGGACCGCUGGAGAGCAUUUAUCACGAGCCACAACCAAACGUGGUUUGGUUCCUGCACUGACCCGCUUUCAAAGCUCGGCAAGCAUCAUUUAUCCUGCAAGUUAUGUACCACCGACAUCACUAUCCAGACCGCCGUGGCCUGAGCUACCAGUGUUUGAUCCUGAAGAAGAGGGUAAAAAGCAUCAAGUGGUGGUAGGAAAGGUAAAUGGCCUGAUUGAGAAUGGUGAGUUUGGACGUUUGUUUGCUGUAGUUCAUUUUGCUGGCCAUCAGUGGAAGGUGACCAAUGAAGACCUGAUCCUCAUCGAAAACCACAUCGAUGCAGCAUGUGGCGACAGGAUAAGAAUGGAAAAGGUGUUAUUAGUUGGAGGAAGUGAUUUCACUCUUAUUGGAAAGCCACUUCUUAGCUGUGAUUUAGUUCAAGUUCACGCUACAGUCAUUGAGAAGACCGAGUCUUGGCCGAUGGUUCACAUGAGAUUCUGGAAGAGGCAUCGAUUCCAAAAAAAGAGAAUCAUUAUUCAACCCCAGACCAUACUUAGGAUCAACACCAUUGAUGUUUUACCAAGACUGUUUUAACCCGUUGCAUUUGUAAAGUAAAUU